AUGCCCGACUCGAUGGAAGCUCCGCUCAUGGACGGUCGCCCGGACCGGGACGACGAGCUGGAUUAUGUCGAGGAUGAAGAAGCCGAUGUGCUUCCCGAUUCUUUCAAGCACACUCAAUCGAGGCCGAGUCUCUUUGUUUGGCUCCUUACGUUUGCUGCCGGCAUCAGCGGCUUGUUGUUUGGAUACGAUACCGGCGUAAUAUCGGCCACGCUUGUUUCCAUCGAUGACUCCCUCUCGAACCGAGUCCUCACUUCUUUCGACAAAUCCAUCAUCACAUCCAGCACCGCGCUGUUCGCCCUGCUCGUCUCCCCCUUUUCCUCCAUCGUCGCCGAUGCGCUGGGCCGCAAGCGCGUGAUUCUCGUGGCCGACAUCCUGUUCAUCGUCGGCGCCUUGCUGCAGGCAUGGAGCGGCACGGUCACGUCCAUGGUGUUGGGCCGAGCGAUCGUGGGCGCGGCGGUCGGCGCCGCGAGUUUCGUGGUGCCUCUGUACAUUGCGGAACUGGCCCCUGCCAGCCACCGUGGUCGGCUUGUGACGAUGAACGUCUUGUUCAUCACGCUGGGUCAAGUUGUCGCGUACAUCGUCGGCUGGGCUUUUGCGGUCUACGGCGAUAGAUCGACCGGGUGGCGAUGGAUGGUCGGCCUGGGUGCCCUUCCUGCGGGUCUGCAAUGCGCCAUUCUGGUGUUCAUGCCCGAGUCGCCGCGCUGGCUGGUGAUGGUGGGCAGGUCUUUGAUGGCGAAGAAGGUUGUUGAGAAAGUCCUUGGCUCAACCGUUGGUGCCAUGCGAGGUGCCGAGGCCGUGGUCAAGGAGAUCGAGAUUGAGAUCAGACAGGAACGAGAAGUCAUGAGACGGGAGGGGACACCUCGCCUGGAAUGGUGGGGUGGCUGGCAAGAGCUGUUCUCAGUCCCGCGAAACAAGCGCGCGCUGGUUAUCACGUGCCUCCUUCAGGGCCUCCAGCAGCUGUGCGGUUUCAACUCGCUCAUGUACUUCUCGGCGACCAUUUUCACCAUGGUGGGCUUCGGAACGCCGACACUCACGUCCCUCAGCGUCGCCGUCACGAACUUCCUGUUCACGGUCGCGGCGUUGUGCCUGAUCGACCGCAUCGGCAGGCGCAGGAUCCUGCUCUACUCCCUCCCGUUCAUGAUGGCGGGUCUGAUGCUGUCGGCUUACGGCUUCUCCUUCACCGACGUCCGCACCGAGACGGUGGCGGCGACGGACCCCGGCAGCACGGGGCCGGGCGCGGGCGGGGAACGCGGGGCGGCGGUGCUGAUUCUCAUCAGCAUCAUGGUGUACGUGGCGUCGUACGCGCUCGGCCUCGGUAACGUGCCCUGGAUGCAGAGCGAGCUGUUCCCGCUGGCGGUGCGGUCCAUCGGCAGCGGCGUGUCGACGGCGACCAACUGGGGCGCCAACUUCAUCGUCGGACUGACGUUCCUGCCGCUCAUGGACGCCCUGAGCCCGUCGUGGACGUUUGUGCUCUACGCGCUGGUUUGCAUGGUGGGCUACGGCCUGAUCUGGCGGAUCUAUCCCGAGACGUCGGGACUGAGCUUGGAGGAGGCGACGAAUCUGCUCGAGGACGGAUGGGGUGUCCGGCGAUAG